AUAUAUAUAUAUAUAUAUACAUAUUCGUCAUGGACUGUACAUAUAUACACUGUUCAUUAUUUGUAAAUAAACAACUAUUUUAUUAAUAUAUAAUAUUUAACACCGAUAAUGCAAAUAUGGGUACGAAGACUUUGACGGAUAUUCACAAUGAUCUAAAGCUUCUGAUCACGGCAAUCAGCGGUUUCGAGGAAGGUGAAGAAGGUUUUCAAAUCUGCGAGCGAUUUGCCUUAUCUCAAAUAAAACACCACCGAUACCUUUCCGUCAACAGUCAUGCUGUUAAAAAGGAAAUCGAGGAGAUAACACAAAAAUUUCUGAUCCAUGGUAAAUAUGAUGUUGCCAAGGAGUUUCAGGAGCUUGUCAAAUCCUUCUUGACAAACUUUGAUUUCGAGAGGCAUCCACAGUACGAUGUACAGUGGUCUUUGCUAUCGCUACUCUUGAAUCUAGCCAAUGAGACUAACAAGUCAGAGUUGAACAGUAGCUCACAGCCAUACAGAGACCGUAGCCAGAAUAUUACUAUCACUGCUGAGGAUGACAAGUCUGAAGAGAUUGAUUGGGGACAAUAUUUGAAGGAGGGGCAGGAAGAUUUUUUUUGUAACUAUGACAGCGAUAGUGAUAGCGAGUGGUCAGAAGAUGAGAACAAUGGUCAGUUAAGUUUGUCCAUACCAGGUAAUCAAAAAACUUCUGGUAACAUUCAAGAUGCCACAAAUUCGGGUACAAACAUAUAUCAGUCCUCAAUACACGAUGUUCCUAAAAGUUUGCCACAAGAAAUUAUAUCUAAAAAUUGGUUAAAAACAAAUAUUCAGAACAGCUGGUGGAAUGAACUGGAUUGGCAUCAGUACAAAGUUAAGAGCGAGUUUGAAGCGGCUCAUCUUUAUGAACACUGGAGAAAAAAUACCUUAAAGAGUAACAAAAUAAUUGGAACACUGAGUGAGUAUCAAGCUUGCAGAGAAAUAUUGUGGAUGUUUCACAUUCAAUCUUCCAUGGCUCUAUUCCAAGAGGAAACAGGAAGUGAAUUUUCCAUACGAGAUGUUUCAAUUCCUAGUUUAACUACAGUUGCUUUUAAAAGUAUGCUACUUUCAUACUAUCAAUAUUUCACAAUGAUUCGAGAAAUGGUGACUUUUCUUGAAAAUAUAUUCAAUCAUGUUGAUACUUCAGUUGAGAAUCGUAAGCCUCCAUUAACUUAUGAAGCAUACGCAAUUACUCUGCAACAACAACUUUUAAGAAUAAAGAGUGGACUAGUUGAUUUCGAAAUAGCAAUGAUGAAGCAAGAAGAUCAAAAGACAUUUCUCUCUAUAUCAAAAAACUUGAAGAGGUAUUUAGAUAGGGUGAAGAUGAUUUUUGAGAUUCAUAAAAGCGUCGUUGAGGACUGGAAAAAGAUGACCAAUUGGCAGGCAGCUUCAAAAUUACUUUCGUGCUUAUAUUUCAAAAUGCAAAAUUCAAGCAGUUAUGAAACGGUCAAUCUAUGUGCCACGUUAUACUUAGCUAGUCUCUCUGUAUAUCUGAAUAUUGUCGAUGUUUGGUUGAGUGAAGGUAGAUUGGAAGACUGGAGAGAAGAAUUUAUUAUUGCUAGAUGUACUGAAAGUACUGAAAGUGUUUCCCGCGAGGACAGCAGACCUUUAGAAGGUUUUGCUUCUAGAGAGCUCGACCCACUGUGUUUGAAGGACCCAGUAAUGAAGGUUCUGCUUCACAAAGUGUACCAAAUGGGUCGCAGUAUUGAGCUUCUCGUCACGUUAGAUCGUAUCUCGGAUCUUUGGGAUAUGAUGGAUCAAGAAAAUGUUGCAAAGAAAACGUUACACGAAGAAUGUCUGAAUGAAAUCCUUUCCCAGUGCUCCAAGUACGAUGAUACAAACUCUAGCGAUUACACAGACUCAGGUCUUCUAAGAAUAGUCGAAUUUUCAACGUCUCAGUCUUUCGAUACCGACGUGGAACAUAACAUUAUGCAACAAGUGUCUGCUUCGAACAAUCCGUUUUACGCCAAAGCCUUGGAAAAUUUUAUACUAUCGGAUGCGAGCAGCGAUAACGUUGAUGCAAAGAGUUCAAGCUGCAAUCAGUUGGUAGAGUGGAAACAGGAUGAAAUGAAAUGCAAACAAUCGUUAGAGUUUUUGUCCAAGUUAGAGAUGGUCUUGCCCUGGAGGAAAAUUUUUGAAUGUGCAGUUUCUAAGGUGCUUGAAUUGAAAUUCAGUGGAGCUAGCAAACUAGUGAAAGAUAUAUUAAUUAGAGAGUACAAAUUAGAAGAGCAGCUGAAGUUAAUGAGGUCGGUUUACAUGAUGGAGACUAGUCAUAUCAUGAAUAAAUUCACCAAGCUUAUUUUUACUGAGAUUGAAUCCAAUGGUAUGUGGAACAACGCUUAUUUUGUCACGUGUUUAUUAGAAGAAGUGCUAUCACAGCAGUGGCCAGAUACAAGCUCCAGAUGGUCUAUAACUGUGUCAAACAUCAGGACCACAAAGGUUCUCGAAGCAGUCAACGGUAUCAAGUUGCACUAUGCAGCUGGAUGGCCAAUCAAUAUGCUUCUAAAUGAGGAAGCCCUUGAUAAGUACAAUAAAAUAUUCAGGUUUGAACUGAAGCUUAAGUGGGCUCUAUGGACUCUUAAUAAUUUGCGAUUUGCAGACUUGGAAAGUCAGGUUGAAUCCGUAGAACCAGAUAUUGUACAACAUUUUCACAUCAGGAGACUUGAGAGUCUAAGAUUCUGGUUGCUUCACGCUGUUGGAUCUAUACAUGCAUACUUAUCAGGCCAAGUAUUGCAAAGCUUGGGUAGUACUCUUGAAAAAGCUCUUACCCAAGCUGACAAUUUCGAAGCCAUUAUUACAAUUCACAGUGAAUAUUUGGAUAACGUGCAUGAGCAUUGUCUCCAAACAGAAAAAUUUGAUGACUUGACGCGAACAAUAUACAAGCUGCUGGAGAUGUGCGAGGAUAUUCGCGAUAGAUGGCAGCCUACCUCUCUAGCCUUCAUCGGCAAAGCUCUGGACGAACUUGAGAACGACUACGUUAAAUACCAUACAUACCUGGCUCUGGGACUCCAUAAUGCUGUCCAACACAAGGAUGCCGAUUACCACAAACUUCUUCUCCCUGUCUUUCCCGCAAUGCACUGCAAAUUUCGUUCUAUGAGAGAUAACAUCACGGAUCUUGGUCGUAAUAUCCUCAAUGAGAUAGCGUACCAGAGCUUACCACCUUCGGGAAUUCCUUUGCAACUUCCAAACAGAAGCCCCAGGCGCAGAGACAGAAAGUACGCGCAGAAAUGCAAUUUUAGUCGAAUAUUUUUUUAUUAAGUUUUUUUCUCAGACAAACAAAUAUAAAAAUUUAAGUUUUUUUCUAUAAAGGAAUUGUACAAAUGCUCAAUAAUUUGAUGUUUACUCCUGCAUCUUUGUAUUAGUAAAAAUUAACAAUGUAAACGUAAUUACAAAUUGUAAACUAAUCUACUCAUAAAUUACUCAACGAGUUUGUCGAGCUGUAAUAAUUUUGAUUUAAUUGUAAAAUCCUUAGGCUUGCUGGUAUCUACAUAAAUGUUCAAUCAUAUCAUUGCUAACACAAUUCAAUCCGCGAAUGAAAGUUAACCAUAUCGUUCUAAUUACCAAUCGAAGCUCCAGGCGUAUAAAUAAUCUACACAAAAAUAAUUCAAUUCGCCGCGAUUUCAGUCUUGAUCCUCGAACCCAAAACGAGUACGAGCGAGCCUUUGCAUACUUGCAUUGGUACCGGCGUAAGGAGCUGCUCGAUGCUUACGACUCUUCAUCGUCGAUCGUCAACGAAGUCCUGUCCGAGGUCGUGGAGGAAUCGAGACUCGACGACGACAACGACUUUUGAAGUAAAAACUCGUCGUCAAGAUUUCUUUCUCGUUUUCUGCACAAACUAAAAUAGCUCAACACACUAUGUUAUAGUUAUAUAUAUACAAUUUUUUUUCUUUUAUCUUCAUAUUAGUUACAUUUGAUAUCGUUACAAGUAGUGUACACAUAUAUAGCACAUAUCGUAAAUUUUCAUCCUUUUCUUUCUACACGUCUCUAUAGGGCAAGAGAUUCUCUACGUCGCAUUUAUACCGGGAAAGGAAAAUGCCUCAAACAAAAGUGACCUGUGAUGACUAUUCGUCGAAUUCCUUUCUUCUUACUGGCCUUGAAGCAUUAAAGCGUCUUAGGCCGACAGAGAUUAAAAGUCUUAUCAACGACUGCGUCUGCAAUUCUAGCAUUUUGUAGGCUCAGAGAUGUAAGUCAAUUCUCACAGAGCGAAGAUAUUAAUAUGCCAUGAUUUCUCAGUUGGUUCACAUCCUUAUUAACAAUCAAAUUUGCAUCAAUCAUCGCAAGUAUUCUUAGUUUAUAUUUACAAGUGAAAAUGUAACCCAAAUUAUGAUUUUGAUCGUUUGUACGAGUCCCAAAUUUUUCUAAAAAAAAA